GCGGCCAGCGCACGCACAUAUCCUAUUGACGAACGAGAUCGCCCAAAUCCAGAACUCCGAUCGCUGUAUCUCGUCAAUGAUAUAUGAAGAUGACUACAGCGUUAGUCCUCGGGUGCACAGGUGUGGUGGGCUCUCAUAUCCUGUCGACAUUGAGACACAGUGCACCUCAAUUUUCUAGCAUUGACAUCGUCGCUCGACGACCAGCCCCAACUGUGUCAGAAGCUACAGUGCCAGUCAAGGAACUCGUCGAAAAAGACACCACGAAAUGGGGUCCUUAUAUAACAUCGCUAUCUCCACCACCAUCAAUACUGUUCUACGCUCUUGCCACUACACGUGCGGCUGCAGGCGGGUUCGACAAUCAGUAUAAGUUUGAGCAUGAGAUGAACACAGAACUGGCGAAGGCGGCCAAGGAAGCAGGCAUAAAGACGUAUGUCCUAAUUUCCUCCACCGGCGCCCAUCCAAAAUCCUUCUUUGGAUACCCAAGGAUGAAGGGGGAAAUCGAAGAAUAUGUCAAAGGGCUCGGUUUCGAACACACCAUAAUCGUGCGUCCUGGUCUGAUUGUCGCUAAGCGCGAGAAGAGUGGCCUCGAUGAAACUGUCUUGAAAUAUGUGGCGACUGCUCUGGGGCAUGUCCAUAGCUCACUGAAGGACGCCUGGGCGCAAGAUGCAGACACAAUUGCAAAGGCGGCCGUGUCUGCCGCGCUUAAGGCAGAGCAGGGCGAGGCAACAGACAAAGUUUGGAUACUGGCACAAAAAGACAUCGUCCGUUUAGGGAAGACAGAGUACAAAGCAGCAUCCUGAAUUCCCAAGCGGGUGGGUAGAAGCAUGCAAUGUAGUGAUGAUUUCAACACAGGUUGAGAAUGAGAACUCCAAUUGACAUGCAAUGCCGCUAGAUGAACUAUGUCGCUGAAA